GCAGUAGCGGUUCUAGGCACGGGCGAACAGGGCAGCCGCCCGGGGCGGCAUUUGUGUCAUGACUCAUGGGGGGCGGCACGAGCACUUCCAAAAAAAUAAAAUAAAAGAUAAUAAUAAUAAAUCUUGACCGCAAAGCGGUUUUGUAUUAACUCUUGUUGUCAAAUUGGCGCCCCCCGCUGCUGUAGGCGCCCCUGCUUGCUCCGAAGGUGCUGCACAGAGGCUGACAGACUGUGUGAGACGAGGCGGGGAGAGAGUCGCUGGGGGACAGCUCUGCUCUGUGUACGCAUGUCAGCAUAUCAGCGGGAGCGCGGAUACGUCAUUUUGUAGUUUUUUAAUCAUUUCUGGAGUCGCGGUGAAUGAAAUCACCGUACCCGUCUGCCUUUGAUAGGCGAAUAAAGCGCUCGGGUUCAUGCUCGGAUCUUGCUACGUGCUUGAUGAGCUUCGUGAGUAAAGUAAACAAUGACUGAGGCAGAGAGCAGCUUCAGAGGAGAAACAUCCAGCAGUGUGAACAACCUCUUCAUAUGGAGUCCUUUGGCUCACACUAUCAGCGUUUUCUCUGAGUGUUGCAUGACUUUGGGUGAGAACAGAGAUGAACACACUGUCAGCCACGUAUUUAUUUAUUCACUUUUUAGUUUUUAGUUCUGCUUUUGUACUGGCACUAUACUGGGGCAGCUGUAUACCCUUUCAACACCUUAUUUUCUACAUUUACAUUUGUAUUAAAUGGACACUUUAUCAUGACUGUCACUUGUUUUACAGAAAGCAAAUUAUUUGUCAUUCUCCAGUGCAGAGCCUUUACUUUUAUUUAUACAGCCGCUUUAUUUCAUUUGAGUUUGUUUGUUCAAGGUUUUCAAAAAUGUGAUGAAGGUUCUCAAAACUAAAAGAGAGCUUUCUUGAAAGCCACGUUUAAGCUCUCAAAUACUUUUUGAAUUUUGUUUCUAUCUACUACAGAGGCAGAGAUAGCAGCUUUUUUGUAAACCUUAACACGUCAGAAAACCUCAGGAUCUGGGGGCCCUUCUCAAAAUGGCCCUCAGGAUUGUGUUUUUUUCUAUUGAAGGAUUUCUGCAAUUGAGAAAUAUAUUAUUUUUGUUGUUAUAAUAAUAAUAAUACUACAUAGUAAUACAAAACUAUCUGUUCAAAAUUCUAUGUCUUUUUGUGUUUGUGUUUGUGUUUGUGUGUGUGUGUGUGUGUGUGUGUGUGGGGGGGGGGGGGGGGGGGGGGGGCACUUGGAGGGGUGCUCGCCCGGGGAGUAAUUUGGUCUAGAACCGCCACUGUGCACCAGCCACUGUUUUCAAUUUAAGCAAAGAUGCAAAACAGAUCAAAUUGAAGAGUUUCGUCUGCUUCAUUUAUCCUUCCUUCUGUGUUAGCUUUUACUACGCACCCACCAUGUUGAGGGUCAGUUUUGACCUGUGUCUUAAAUCAGCUGUAAAUUACAUUAAAAACAAUUCUCUAUCAUCCAAUUUGGUUCUCAUCUCUAGGUUACCUUAUUAGGCUUCAUUAGACAUGAAAAUAUUGCUUAUAAUAGUUUUUGAACUGAUCUCACAUGUCUGGCCAUGCCUGACGUUGUUGUUUUGUGCAGUGAAAAACAUGGCAAAAUGAGAAUUUCCUAAAUCUCACAUGAUUGGAAGAGGAUCUGACUGUCAGUGUGGUGCCUGACAGUUCACAUAUGAUUUCAUUUUUUGCUCUGAUUAUUAGAUAUUGAUCUAACCGGGUCAACAGUGACAAGUGCCAUAAUUUCAAUAAGAGCAUUUUAUAAUUUAGUCAAUUUAAUUUUUUUAUCUUUAUUUUGUUGAAAUAGAGGUUCCUGACAAAGUCAAAAAGUCUUGAUGCAAUAAAACUUAGAUGGUUCUUUUAAGCAUUUAAAAUAAAAUAAAAAAUCGGGUCGGUAAAGACCCUUACACAGGGGGAGGGUUAUUCAACUUUAAUGUCAAGACUUUAAUGUCGUCUCGUCGUUUCUUUCCUCAGAUAAAACAUGGAGAUUUCACCCUUCUGAAUAUUCCUGCAUUAAAGAUCCUGUCUCUGUCUGGUUCGGUUGCGAUAUCUGAAUGAAACCUCCAGAGGGCAGCGCUGUAUUUACCUAAACUGUGGCCGGCUCCUUUUUAGGCCCUCGAAAUGCAUUCUGGUACUUGAUGUCUUGUAAACGCUGAGGCGCCUCGGCAUUAAUACACUGGUAUCAUAUCUAAAACUACAUUUCCCUUUCUACUCCUAACAAUUUGAAUGUCGUUCACGGGUUUCUUUUCCUAAACGGUGAUCUCAACUCAAGUUUCCUCUGACAACUUCGUCAGGGGUUGAAGAAAUUUUUACAGAAUGAAAAUAGACACGUUUAGGUUUAACUUUGUCUGCGGCGGGGAGAGAUAAACGGGACAAAACGCCGUUAGAGUUCCAACAAUGCGGUCCAAACAAAGAAGGCAGUGAUUUGCGGUCUCGGUGGUUUUCUGUGCUGCUGCCCCUGUUAGCCAGGGCUGGGUCCCGCUAAGUUUCAGUUGGGAGUCGGCGGCUCCCCGAGACGUCGUCCAUGGAGGAACAGGAGUAUCCCGAGGCGGUGCUGGUGACGGAGGCCGGGCCGCAGUGGCUCCAAGCCGAAGUCGAGCGUCUGACCCGGGAGCUCCGUGAGACAACCCACGAGAAGAUCCAGGCGGCGGAGUAUGGACUCGCGGUUCUGGAGGAGAAACAGCAGCUGAAGCAGAGAUAUGACGAGCUGGAGACGGAGUACGAGACGGUCCGACAUGAACUGGAUCAGCUGAAGGAGGUAACCUGAGGUCGAAGCCACGCAGACGGACGAUUAUAAAUAUGUGUUUGAGGUGUUAAAUGUUGCGGUAAGAAGACUCUCGGUGUAUAACGGUAUAACCAGAUAAUAUCACGAUAGCAACGGCGCAGCAACAGUUAAAACUCAACGUUUCAGUCAGACAGACUGUUGUUGUAUUGAAGCUGUCAGUCAUGGACCUGGUCCAAGUGAAGAACAAACACAACAUCUCACAAUCAGAGAGCUGAAAAUCUGCCUUCAGGGCGAAGUAGGUGAAAAUAUGUCACAGGAGCUAAAUGGGUUUUAUUGUCUAUGAGAAAAACAAUUGAAACGUGGCAUCAUGGUUUGUUCACAUUGAGAUAUAAAAGCCAAUGUUAGGUUGUGGGCACUUGCUGAAACAUGCUCCUGGUAUGUGAAGCUAUCUUCUGCAGCCCAAGUAUGUUGUCAGAUUGACAUGCCUGUGUGGUGUACCUGCUGUGAGUUUAAUGUGAGUGAAGGGAAGAAACACAAGGACCAGACUAUUAAGUAGGGGAGAGUGGGGUAAGAUAAGCCAUUUUUCAAUCAUAGGCAAUCAUAGUUUUGUCUCUAACUAGUGUAUCUGCAUAUACAAGAUGUUGUGCUUCCCUGCAAACCAACAGAAUGAGUGGAAACAUAACUGUCUUGAUAAUAUCGCAUGCCCAAAAAAGUGGUCAACUUACCCCGUGUAUGGGGUACCCUAGCAAUACACAGCGGUCUGAGGAGCCAUAAACAAACCUCAACUAAAACGCCACAGAUAAUGCUCAGAACAGCACCUAACUUCAUCAACAGUACAUAUAGUGUCCUAGCCACAGCGCAAGCCACCAAACAUCUUUCUAACUUUACCUAAUUUCUUUAGAAAAGAGACAAAAUACAACUCAUCUACUUUCUUCCAGCUGCUGCUUGUUUGUAGUGAGACCUCAGGCCAGUCCAUUACAGACUACAGCGGGGUUACACAGCUCAAGGAAGAACAUUUAUGAUCAUUCCUUCAUGGAAAUGCAAUCAGACCGAGACGCCAAGGCAGAAGAACGAUCACGUCAGCAGUGCAGAAUGAUUGAUAUGGUGAUUAUUACUUGAAGGAAAUGAUAAAGAAUUGAUCAUAAAUGUUCUUCCUUAAGCUGCGUCACCCUGCUUUUUACGCCGUAAUAUCCCUUUAAAUGAUUCAUAUGAAGAAAUAUCACAAUUUUCUGAGUCUGCUCAGUCUAAAUAGUGGGUCAGUCAAAAUCAUCAGAGAAAAACAAAGCUCCACACUCAGGUUACAUGAGCCCCUUAAUCUUAUGUCCUAGUUUAGCCUUCAAAAGACAUUUCUAACCCACAACUAUACCAACCCUACUCUCUGCUUUCCCCAGAUGUCUCCCCCUCAGCUACCACAUGCAAGAAUUCAUCAUCACGGAUGAUAGGCAAAGCAGUAAGCAGACUAUUUGCUGUGCAUGGCAGGGGGGGUGUUUUCAUCUGUCAUCAUCUGUUAAUUCAGCUGCCAACUGGUUUACCCAGUGCUUUUCUGGGAGAAAAUGUUAUGGCUAUAUAGCUCCUGUUGGUUUUUGUCAUCUGAGAUCGUUUCUUGGGGGAGAGGUCAUGAUUUUGUCAGAGCUGUCUGGAUUUCCUCUUUUUGAGUAUUUUUUGCCACAUUUUUUUAAACCUUUAGAGGAACUGCAUCCUGAGACACUUCCACAUGGGCUUUAACAUCUAACAUGGUUUACAUCCUAACACUCAUGAGUUAUUAUUGAGUUAUUUGUUAAAUCAGUAAUUCAUUAUAUGCUGUUGUCAUGGUAACUAGAAAGUCACAGACACAAAUAUUUUGAUGAGAGCUUAGCUUUAAGUGGUGAAGAAAGAGUGAGACAGGCAUCAGUUUCUGUCUUAGACCGCAGGUUUUGGUUCACAUUAUUACUGUCAUGAUGACUUAUGACUAGGACUUCCUUUUUCACUUUAUAUAUCUGAUUUUUUUUUCUCAUGUUUUUUGAAUAUUAACCAACAUUCACAAGGUCACUAAACAUUAAGAAUGUCAGUUUUGAUUUCAACAUCUGCCAGCUUCUUAAAUGUCAAAGACGCUGCAUAAAAAGGCAUCAAAAAAGAAAAAGCUGCAAUGAAAGAAUUCUCAGUAUUUUUUUGGAAUGACCAAAACGAUGAACCAAUCAUGAACACAACUACAGAGAGGAAUAGUUACAGCCAUGUUCACAUACAUGAAUGACAUUUUCUGAAAGAUGAAGCACAGACUUGUGUCCGUGGGUGUUUCAGAGAUUAUUCUCAGCUGUGUGUAGAUGGAGAUUUUUGUUCUUAUUCCAUUAGUCAUGAUGAAGCUCAUGGUCCACUCACUGUCUGACUCAUUGUAGUAGUCAUGCUCUUGGUAUCUUGUGAUUUUGACUUACUUUUGUCUUUAGUUGUGUUUUUCAUUGAAGCAGAUUUUGAGAAAGGAAUCAUCAGUUUUUUAGAUGCAACUUUUUUAUUUUUGUGAGACUUUGACUUUAUUCAGGGUCGUAAAAAAGCUGUGAAAAAAUAUGGUAACACUUUGCUUGACGCCUAUCUCUAUAACGCAUUAUGAAUGUAUGCAUAAUGUGUUAUAAUCACGUUACAGCACUGUAUAACUGAUAUAGUUAUAAACACUUAUAAAUGAUCAAAAUGCUUUAUAGCAAGAAUCAUAACACAUUAUAAAGCAUUUUAUCAUGACUAACAAGGUCAGGUAUUAUAAUGUGUUAUAACUAUUAAAAACUCACUGACAAUGCCCACAUAGAUAAUGCAUUAUACAUAUAUUUAUAAUGUGUUAUAAUUUGCUUAUAAACUUGUAUAACUAUCAUUAUAAACACCAAUUAAUUAUCAUAAGGCUUUAUAACAAUAAGCAUAACACAUUAUAAUACCUGACAGUGCUAUAACAUGAUUAUAAUGCAUUUUAUGUAUAUUUAUAAUGUGUUAUAGAGAGAGGCGUCAAAGUGUUACCAAAAUGAUCAAUAUUCACCAGAUUCUGUUAUUCUCCGCUUCUUACUAUCACUGAAUAUUUUGUCUUGUUUUAGUUUCCCAAACAGACCCCACUGAUGAAUGAGCUCCCCUCUUUCCUGCAAGUCUGCCACCUCCACUCAGCUUGAUAAACUCAUGUUUGAUGCAGUUAAAAUGUAAUUUAUACAGCACAAAGAGUCUUUCCAGGCUUGGCUAGUGUGUAAUAAACAUGAUAUGAUACCAAAACACAGCAGCAGGCUGACACAGCACUUAAAUGGUCCUCAGGCAAACAAGCAACCAGCAAUAAAAGCAGUGAAUGGUAGGUUUUUAUGAGGGCUUAUCUGUGGUUAACUGUCCAUACACAUGGCUCAGUGUGUUGGAUUGUAAAUAUUUGAUCAAAGUAGUUUUAUUGCCUUAAUUGUUUUCUUUUCUAUUUUUUAUUUUGUCUGCAGGCUUUUGGACAAGCUUACUCAAUCCACAAGAAGGUGGCAGCAGACGGGGAGAGCAGGGAAGAGUCGCUGAUCCUGGAGUCUGCCAGUAAGGAGGCUCUGUACCAGCAGAAGGUCUUAGAGCUGCAGAAUGAGCUGCGACAGGCGAAAGUCUCACUCACCAGUGUACAGGCUGAAAAUGAACGCCUGUCAAGUAUUGCCCUUGAGAUGCGAGAGGUAAUAUUUACAUACAUACAUAAUCCAUCUUGUUUUGUGACAUUAUUCUUUGUUCAAUGUUGAAAACUGGAUUCCCUCUGUGUUUUUAAAUGCCUCACCUUGCAAAAUGACAUUUUGAAGGCUAAAAUCUGUCCCAGUUUAUCCCACAGCUGUAAAGGAAAGCCCUUAUCUUUGAAUCAAAGUCUCUCUGUGUUUCACUGGCUCCUUUGAAACACCAGUUAAAGCUCAUCUAAUUUAGGGUGACAGAGAAGGUCAGUGAAGCUUAAGUUUAUAUCAUCUUGAAGACCUCCCCUUCUGUUACAGUGGGCGCCACAGGGAGUUUGUGAGAGUGUUGAAGUUUGUAGUGGGGGAGGGUCAGUCAGCAGGAAAGAUGAUGUAAUGUCCACUGCAAGUAACACAAAGGGUGUCCUCCGCCGGGGCUCUCUGUAGUAUGAACUGGUAAGUGGACCAUGUCCUUGUAGUCAUUACUUUCCUCAUCCCUCUGUGGAAUGUGAAACAUGUCGACACGCUGAUCCUCAGUUCACCCACAGUGACUAGACACUUGGCAGGAACCAGGAUGGAGGUUUCACCGCUAGACUGAUCUUUCACCCAAUCAAUCUAAAUCAGAGUUAUAGUACUUUUCAUGCAGUCUAGCACACAUGCCAUCUUAUAUAAGGUGAGAAUAUGUCCUCUUUUACCCAGACAUGUCCACUUUUUUGGGGCUGUCAGGGUUUGUUCGGCUUUGUCCGGGGAAGUUUAUAAAAUCCUUCAAAUGUCUGCGGUUUUGUAUGUAAGUUUCGAGUUUGUGUCACGUGGACUUACUGAGUUAGAAGUGCGUAAAAGACACUCAACCUGACCCGAAAAACUCUCAAAGUUAACUUCACUCGACUCUGUGACUCUGUGACUCCGCCCCCGCGUAGUCAUGUCCUCUUUUUGGGAAGUCAGAAUCUCGUCUCCCUAAUCUUGUACCCCUCUCUCUCUUAUUUUCAGAGUUCAGAGCUGGCUGAGCUGCAGCGAGGUCAGCUGCGUGAUGACAUCAGAGAGUACAAGGUACGGGAGGCUCGUCUGCUGCAGGACUACAGUGAGCUGGAGGAGGAGAACAUCUCUCUGCAAAAACAAGUGUCGGUGCUGAGACAGAGUCAGGUGAGACAGACAAGACAGACCAAUAUUCUGUCUGUAAACUGUUUUUCAGUCUCGGUUGGAAAAUCAAAGUUGCCAAUCACUGAAAGCUGAAUUAAUAGCUUGUUUAAUCACGCCUCCUUAACUUAAUAUGUCUUUGGUCAUCCUAUAUAAUCUCUCACUCUAGCUUUUAAUGAAACUGUAAUGAACUUAAGUGCAAAAUCUCCAACCGUCUUCUCCAUGUUUUUGAACAUCUGCUAAGGUGGAAUUCGAAGGUCUAAAGCACGAGAUCCGCCGUCUGGAGGAGGACUCCCAGUGCUUACACAGCCAGCUGGAGGAAGCUAUGCGUCUGAGAGAAAUCGCUGAGCGACAGCUGGCAGAGGCCUUAGAAACGAUCAAAACAGAGCGGGAGCAGAAGGCCACCCUGCGCAAGGAGCUCUCUCACUACAUGACCAUCGGAGGCUCCGUCUACAACGGCUCUUUCAACAUCUCCUUCGACAACCUGAAACUCCACGACGAUUCCUCCACCGCUGGGGAGCCUGACAACGACGAUCUCAUCAGAGGCUUUGAGAACGGCUUGGCCAAGGCAGGCGAAGGUGACGACGACAACAGAGCCGCGGGGAACAAAAAAGGCGAGACUUUCAAGCCGGCUCCGAGCCUGGUGGACGAUCUGCUGAGUGAGCUGAACAUCUCUGAGAUCCAGAAACUGAAACAGCAGCUGGUGCAGGUAUGAGGUCUAUUAGGUGCUCAUCACACCCUCAACUUUUCUUUCCAAUCUAACCAUCUAUAUAUCUGCGAUUAAACGACUCUUCCCAGUGACUCAGCAGUCUCUUGGUUCAAGAAGAGAAAACGGCUAAUUUGAUUCACAGCAUUAGGUCUCUCCACAGUAUCACAUGGAUCCCAUCAAGAAAAAAAAAGAGUCAGAAACACAAAACUACUGACCAGACGUUUCAUUUUAACAACAAAUAUAACUCAGAUAUAGAGCAUGAAACUAGCGCUGCACAGAGAGUUCGAAGCUUUCACUAAGUUUUUACUCUUGCACCUUUUUGGGCUUUUACUUUUACAGUUUGAUCAAAUUUACAGUGUUCAGUGUCCUAAAACUACACUUAACUAAAACUACACUUUAAACUCAAUCUAGAAUAAAUUUGCACAACAUGUUAAAAUACUGCAUCUUCAGAAAGACACAGUGGACAUGCUAACAAAAUGUGUAACUUAUAGUGUGAGUGAUUGCUUAUAAGACUAAGAGUUGACCAGCUAACUGAAAUGACUUUGUUUUGAUUGAAGGUGGAGCGGGAGAAGGUGGCCCUGAUCAGCUCCCUCCAGGAGAGCCAAAAGCAGCUGGAACAUGCCUACGGGACUGUGUCCGAGCAGAAGGAAACCGUCAACAGGCUGACCGAAAACCUUAGUGCAAUGAGAAAACUGCAGGCCAGUAAGGAACGCCAGUCCGCUCUAGAUAGUGAAAAGGACCGGGACAGCCACGAUGACGGAGACUAUUACGAGCUGGACAUAAACGGACCUGAGAUCCUGCAGUGCAAGUACACUGUGGCUGUGUCUGAAGCUGGUGAGCUGAGGCAAGAGCUGAAGACUGUGAGGGCAAAGUAUGAGGAGUGUCGCACCCAGUAUGAAGACGAGCGAGCGCGGCUAGAGAGCGAGGUUCAGGAGUUGAGGGCGAGUUUGGCGUCCCUGGAGAGAAUAAGCCAGGCUGAUAAAGCGGAGGUGGCUCGUUUGGAGAAGGAGCUCCGUCUGGUCAGUGCGGCAGCAGGAGAGUCGCUUGGCAGCCUUAAUGUGGCUCAGGAUGAGCUCAUAGCUUUCAGUGAAGAACUCGCCAACCUGUACAACCACGUGUGCAUGUGCAACAACGAGACCCCCAACCGUGUCAUGCUUGACUACUACAAGGAAGGCAAGGCUAAAGUAAGAAAAGGACAGGAAGGGAAGGAGCAGCAAACAUCUGUACUCAUCAGUAACGGGCUGAUCAGUGAGUCCGACUCCUGCAGCACUUCAAUAACUCCAGCUCCACCCCCAGAGCCCCGGCCUGAACCCAUGAACAUCUAUAACCUUGUAGCCAUCAUCAGAGACCAGAUCCGCCACCUGCAGCAGGCAGUGGACCGCACCACCGAGCUGUCGCGUCAGAGACUCGCCAACCUGGAGCUGAGCACAGUGGCGGACAAAGACAAAGAGGCUUGCAUGGAGGAGAUCCUCAAACUGAAGUCCCUGCUAAGCACCAAAAGGGAACAGAUUGCCACUCUCAGAGCUGUGCUCAAAGCCAACAAACAGGUCAGAGGAACACUGUGAGCCUGUGAAUGUGUACCUGCUGUGUGUGUUAAGGUCCUUUCACACCAGGACCGUUUUUGUCGUGCGAUUAUUUCGGACGUCAAUAUUUUUUUUCGAACCCGUAUCCUGUCAAUAGAAGCGUUCACAUCAGCGACGUUUUCCCGUCCUGCGAUAUUGCGGCAUUUACUUUUUCGGAUCAUGGUCAAUUUUUCUAAAGUUUCGCAUACUGUGUGUUCACUUCUGACCAAUCAGAUUGCGUGUUGUUGCGACAUCAGAUUCACCGGUAUAUCCAACAUGGCCGACCAGCUGAUUGUUUAUGAUCGUUUACAUACACAUUACAAAGAUAACAAUCAGAAGGACAACUUGUUGAGAGUCAUAGCGUUGGAUCUCUCAUAUGACGAUGGUUUGUGUGUUUUAACAGUUUGCUAAACGCCUUUGUUUUAACUUUCAUCUGUAAUAACGUAAGCUAAUGGUUGUUACCAUGGUUUCAUGUGCUUAUCUUAUCGCCUCUGACUGAAGUGCUCACCGUUUGGCUUGAGCGUGUGAUGACGUUUCCAGCUUUUCUAGCCAAUCAGAGGCGAAGGAGGCGGGACUUUCCCCCAGAAAAGUCCUCCCAGGGAUGCGUCUUUUCCCCCUGGAGAGUCGCAAAAUCACAUCGGGUUUGAAGUGUAUAGUCAGGCGUGUCAAAAUUUGCCCCUGAAUAUUUCUUAAUUUUGCAUUCUGUAUUCGCGUCGGCCCUGGUGUGUAAGGACCUUAAACCUGCAAAAACUGAACCUGUAAAAUCACGUUGCCUUUUCACAUAAAGUAGAGGCUCAACAGUCACUGAAUUAAAUCCAAAUUAGCAGGAAAUAGACAUACAGAAAGGAAAAACAACAAUAUGCAUCCUGUAUGCAAUACCCAAUGCUGCACAAGCUCAAUACAGAUCCUGUAAUAUUUUGGCUUAAGGAAGGAUGUUCAUUGUGUCUCAGACUGAGGAUCCAAACAAAAAGAGAAUAAUGAGCUUCAGCUAAAAACUAACCCAGUUUGAACUGUAUGCUAUAGUAGAAAAAAAACAAUCACCUAAAUUCUCUUCUUCUUUUUAGACUGCUGAGGUUGCACUGGCCAAUCUGAAGAGUAAGUAUGACAGCGAGAAGGGCAUGGUGACUGAGACGAUGAUGAAGCUCCGCAAUGAACUGAAGGCUCUGAAGGAGGAUGCUGCUACGUUCUCCUCUCUUCGAGCCAUGUUUGCUACAAGGUAUGAUUUCACAUACCACACGGUCACAAGUUCCCAUUUUUGAUCCUCCUGACACCCUUUAAAUGAAGCUGCAUGUGACAUCCAUGAGGCCAGAUGGACCAGGACUCACACUCUCAUGUAGUGCAUCCACAUUAAUCGUGUCUUAAAUUGAAAAAAUGCAGAUAUGCUGUAAAAGAUUAGUUUUUUAUUUCUGUCAAAAUCUGCGCUUAUACUGAGCCCGCUGAAGUGUUUUAUAUCUGUGUAUAUUUGAGAGGCACAAUGCAUUGUGGGAGCAGACUGAUGUAAUACUUCUGCGAGUCAGCUAGCAGAGGCUUCAUCUUCCCAUCUGGAAAUUCUGUCUGGGGAAUAGGAAACAUGUGACACACAGCAUAGGCAGUGUAAGGCUGCAGGCUGCUCCCCCUGCUGGACAGAAAGUUGUUAUUUUGUGUCCACUGUUUCUCCCUCUUUAUCUUUUCUCACCUUUCUAAUUUUUCUAUCAGGUGUGACGAGUAUGUGACCCAGCUGGAUGACAUGCAGAGGCAGCUGGCUGCUGCAGAGGAUGAGAAGAAGACCCUGAAUUCUUUGUUACGCAUGGCUAUCCAGCAGAAACUCGCCCUAACUCAGCGCCUGGAGGAUCUGGAGUUCGACCACGAGCAGGCGCGCCGCAACAGUGCCACAGCAGCAGGAGGAAAGGGCAAAACAAAGGGCAAGGGAGUCUCCUCCAACCAACGUGUAAGUUGGAGGCUAUACUGCAGGACAAACUCUGAGCCAAAAAGUAUCUGCAGAGGCCCUGGGUUCCUCUGCAGGGCUUUGUGUGCCUUUUAUAAACACCUCUAUUUUCUUUAUCUGUUCUUUUCCAAGAUCUGCAUCUCCUUAAAGCUUUGUACACACCCAGUUUUUCUUUCUCUUCUUUUCCACAUAUUUUUAGCAUCUAUACCUUUAAUAUAAAAAUUUCAUACUAACGUCACCACUAAUGUCCCUAUAAACUUCUGUACUGUUUCUCAUACUUGGUGUUGUUUACUGUUUGGUUAACCUCCAAACUAUCCCUUUCUUUAAUGCUGCACUUUAUCCACUUUUGGCAUGAAUACAGCGAUACUUUGAGUUUCAAUUUUGUUUUUUGUUUUAUUUAUGUUUUUAAAAAAAGACUGUUUCGAUGGCACAUAUUGCAUAAGUAAGGAAUAUAAGCUUGUUUUUGUGUAUUGUUUAUUCUUGUUGUUUGACCUCAUAAGCUCAGAAGUUUACAUGCUAACUUUAAUUUAACUGAUACUUGUACUCAGGCAACAUGAUUUUCAGAUUUGACCAGGGUUAAUCUGUCAGAGCUUUUAUCCAUGUUAGAGCUCAGCGACAUGUUCAUGUUCUGGUGAGUGUUCAUUGUUGCUCUACCUCCUUACAGUUCAGUCAUUUUUAAUCUCAGGUCCGAAAAAAAGGGUUAAAGUUAGUACAGAUUUGUUAUGUAGCUGAAACUAGGUGUCAGUGCUCCUUUUUUUUCUCUUUACAAAAUUAACAAAAUAAUUUUCAGGAUUUGUGCAGGUCAGAAAAAAUCAGAAAGUUGUCUAAAUUAUGUCUGCGCUCUGCAGAAUCACUGACUUCUUACUGACUCCUGCAUGCUUAACACAGCCCCGCCCCCUCCUUCCUGUUUCAGUCUGCCUGUCUGUGCAACUACCCCCACUAAUGAGCUCAAUCUUUCUGAUUCAGAAAAAAAUUAAAUUUCAACAAUCAACUGAAUGUGAUUUUCCUCUGUUUUAUCUUUCCAUUUGCAGUAAAUCAGUCUUGCCAAGUGUCCUACAGUGGGUCCGUCAGAGUGUCUGACAGUUGCCAGUCACCUUUGCUCCUGGUUCCUUCACUCUAAUCAUGAUCUUACUCAUGUUAUCGUUCACACAGGGACAUAUCCAGCAGUAUUUGCCUGUUUGUUUUACAGUGCCAAAAACAAGUGUGUCAAAUUCUGUCAAAACAUUUUGACUACAGGGAGAAUGACUCAUCGCAUCAGCUGCCCACUGGAGUCCCUUCAGUCUUCCAACAAAAUGCGCCACUAUUGUAACAGAAAUCGAGGAAAAAUCAAGAUGGGUCUUUUGCUGAUUGCUAUUUGCCUGUGUUACCCUGACUGAGCACUUUCUUGUUUUAAUGAUUUGCUCUUAGUUGAUUCCUCUUUUCUUUCUAAAAUCAUACUAAUUGUGUCAAGUAUUAUGCAAUUUUUUUACUGGAUGUGCAUGUCGGUCAACCAGAUUCUUUAUGUCAUUUGGAAUGAUAAACCUAUUUUUAUCUCUAUUUAUUUUAUAACAAGAAAACCAGAGAUUAUGUUGUUAUUGUUUUAAAACCAGAAUUUUCAACUCACAUGUUGAAAUCUGAAAAGAGACACAAGCUUUUCUGCCUUAGUUAUUUUCUUUUUUGCCUUAGAUUUUUUGGGUGCCUCUCUGACUGUCCAGGGAUAUAUGCCAUCAAAGUUAUCAGGAUUUUUUAUUAGCCAUGGCUCAUAGAAAAAAAAUUGCUUUAUAUUAUUUUGAGUGUGUUAUGGUGCAAAUUUGGAAAUUUAAAAUCCAGGUUUUUUUUGUACUAUUGGAUUCUUUUUUUGUACACAUGAUAGAGAUGUUACAGAUCACUUGUUACAAAAAGUAUGGUUGAUAAUGAUUAAGAGUGUUGAUGGAAAAACUUAUUUAAAUAUUCUAAGUUAAGGUCAGAUGUUAAUAAUAUUCAUAACAUUUUACCCAUGAAGGAGAGUUUUUAAUGGAAUUGUGUCAGUACAUCUUUUUGUAAACCUUUGAGUCCCAUCAUUUUUGCCAACAGCGACCCUGCAGUGCUAUUAUCUGGAAGUGCAAUUUACUAAAAAAGGCAAAGAAAAACCUGUUUACUCUCUGUAAGGUAUAUCUUUCACAUUGUCUCUCACAAACUUGGUCCUAAUGAAUUUCAUAUGUUUUUAUUGUAACUGCAGCUGUAUUUAUUUGACACUGUUCAGACUACAGGGUGUCAUUGUCUUUUUUUUAUAUGAGGGAGUUUUGUGUGGAGGAGGCUGGUGAGAGUAUGGAGAAGAUUAGACUUGUGGUGAGAGUCGUGGCUGUGGUCUGGGACUGGUUUCUGACAAUUGAAGCUGGUGAGGAAAUAAACCUAACUUUCACAAUGCUCGUUCAUCUGUGUUUGCUGUUCAUUGUGUGCUGGUUGAAUUGUCAAUUUGUGCAGUUUAUCACCACUGCUGUUUAACCCUAGAACACUAUUGCUGGGGGAUUUUCGCCUGACCAAACAUGUUUACGUGAUUUUCAUGAUGUUGCGUUUGUCUGAGUAUCAUGGGUCCCUGGGUAGCUUCAGCAUUGCCUUUGACAUCUUUGAAGGCAUAUUUGUUUCCCUGAUCCAAAACCUGCUUUUUCCUACAGGCACGUGUUCGGGUGAUUUUCACCCAGCAAUAGUGAUAGAGGGUUAGUAGGUUUGUGUGGAUUUGAUAGUCUGAAGGUAUUUUUGGUGCAAAAGGUUUGUGCAUCUGUAACAUGUAAUUUGUGGUUGUGUACAGUGAUUGUGUAUGUGUAUUAGUAAAUGUGAAAUCCACAUGUUAUGAGUUGUUUGCUUGUAGAGUUUUUGUGUUGUACUUGUAGAUUUAUUUAUUUCCACAAGUACAACACAACAUUUAAACAUUCAUGAAUUCUUCAUUACAGGUGCACAAAUCCUAUUUUACAAGUCACAGAUUCGAACUCUGACACGCUCACAUUUUUGCUCCAAUUGUUGCAGCAUAUUUGGUGCAAAACAUUUGUGCAUCUGUACGGAGCAAUGUGAAGUUGUGGACAACAUUUGAAUAUGUGCAGAUCUUUAUGUGAACUUGUGCAAAAAAUUUACAUUUUGUUCAAUAAGCUUUCACGAAAAUAAUUGUUUUGUUUUAAAAUGCAAAUACAAAUCGAUAAUUACAACCGCUGGAAUCUUC